AUUCUUAUCUUAUCUAUCGUUCUGUCAUGGGCUUUGAUGUUCUGAAAAUCUCAAUUCAUUCGAUACCAUUUUGCACGGCUCCUAAAUUAACUGUUUACUUUCAACAUCGUUCCUUCUCUAAGUGCUUAAACUAUCCUGUCAACCGAAUUGAAUCUAUCUCAAACGCGAGUAUAACAAAAGCCACUGAUUUAUCUCUCCCACCUGGAUAUAUUUAAUACUUUCCACUGAAGGCCGCAGAGGAUGAUAAACAAACGACAGCUUUUUCUUUGUAAAUAGAACCACUAUCCAAGAGGCAAUGAACAAGCUGCUAAGAUUGCAGGGACUCAAACUUUGUUUACACAAAGCUUUUGGCUCUUCGGAGAUCUUCUGUCCUAAUCUCUCUCAAUCUCGAUUGGUCUCCAACACCUCUCCCAAGAUGAUGUACGUCGAUGAUAAUCUGUACUACGACAACGCGCAGGUCAUAGAUCUACGCAGUGAUACUCUGUCCAAACCAGAGGAGCAAAUGCGCAUUGCUAUGUUCAACGCUGAAGUGGGUGACGAUGUCUACAAAGAGGAUCCAACUGUCAAUGAGCUCGAAAGAAAAGCAGCUCUCAUCACAGGGAAGGAAGCUGCAUUGUUUGUGCCGAGUGGAACUAUGGGAAAUUUGGUUGCUGUUUUGGUUCAUUGUGAACAGCGGAGUUCUGAGGCUAUUGUAGGAGACAAGAGUCACAUUGUACUGUGGGAACAAGGAGGAUGUGCUCAGAUUGGUGGAGUAAGUGUACGAACUUUGAAGAACCGACCUGAUGGAACUUUUAGUCUCGAUGAACUGCAAGCGGAAUUCAAUUGUGGAGUCGACAUUCAUAAAUCUAUAACUACUCUCGUUUGUGUUGAAAAUACGCACAAUUUUUGCGGUGGAAAAGUACUGCCUUUGAAAUGGCUGGAUGAGCUUGGAGCCUUGUCAAAAAAACUCAAUUUCAGACUUCAUAUGGAUGGGGCAAGAGUUUUCAAUGCAGCAGUUGCCCUGGGCGUUCCUGUUAGUCGCAUCGUCGCUGAUUUUGAUUCUGUCACUUUCUGCCUUAGCAAAGGUCUUGGUGCGCCUAUUGGCUCAGUACUCUGUGGAUCAGCAGACUUCAUUAAAAAAGCAACGCGUUUACGCAAAAGUCUUGGUGGUGGAAUGAGGCAGGCUGGAAUAGUUGCAGCAGCAGGAAUUUAUGCCCUUGAUUACAUGGUUGACAGACUAGUUGAUGAUCAUCGCAGAACCCUUGCUAUUGCUAAGUGCAUCAAUGACUUGAACUGCCAUUUCAUCAAUGUUGAUCCUGAAAAUGUUCACUCAAACAUCCUAAUCAUCAACUUCGAUGAACAAUAUCUGACUGCUCCAGAAUUCCGGGCCAGACUUACCACC